UGACGAUUGAGCAUUAAAUUUUUGUAGACAAAGUCCGGCAAUUCGCAAUUGGAUAGAUAGUAAUCUUCUAACUCUUAACAGAAGCCCAGCAACGCGCAGUUUACAAAUCCCAACACUGAAAUAUGAUACAAAUUAAACAUAAAAGUAGUGGUAAAAUUUUGAAAAUCAAUACAUUUUGGCUACGUGAUCACUGUCGUUGCGGUGACUGCUACAAUGUGGAGACCAAGCAGCGCAGAUAUAAUUUGCUUGACAUACCGAAAACAGUAAAACCAUUGAGAGCCGAAUACAUAAAGGAUGAGUUGCAAUAUGAGGUGCACUGGAGCGAUGGCCACACAUCCGUUUACGACAUUGACUUCCUUUACGACGCGCAGGUGGAACACAUGGUGAUACGUGUGCAAGAGUCCACUGUCCGUACGCCUUGGAAUCAGUCACUUAUCAAAGCACACGAAACGCACUUGCGCACCACACUCGCCGAAUUGGUCAGCUCAGAGGUGAUAGUACGAAAAAUCGUGCAAAGUCUUAUACGUUAUGGCAUUGCUUUCAUUGACGACGUACCACCGAAUACAACAAUGACCGAAAUGGCUGUGCGACGCCUCUUUCCGCCGAUGAAAACAUUUUUCGGCGAAAUGUAUACCUUCUCGGAUGUGCAGGAUCAUGCGGAUACCGCAUACACGAAACAAUAUCUCGGCUUGCAUACGGAUAAUACGUAUUUCUGUGAUGCUGCGGGUCUUCAGUCACUGCACUGCAUACGCCACGUCAAUGGCGCGGGUGGUGAAAAUUUCUUCGCUGAUGGUUUGUAUGCAGCGCUGGAAUUGAAACAUUGUAAUCCACGCGCAUUUGAGAUACUCACUCGUGUCUCGGUGCCCGCCGAAUACAUUGAGGAGGGUCAAUAUCAUAAGCAUUCGGCGCCUAUUAUACGCGUCGACCCGGUGAGUGGUGAAAUAGUGCAGCUGCGGUUGAAUGUGUACGAUCGUGCGGUCUUCGAUAGCAUACCGCAGGCGCAAAUGCAGGAUUUCUAUGAGAGUUUUCGUGUUUAUUUGGAAAUUGUGCAACGCAUUGAGAAUCAAUGGAGUUUCAAGCUCAACCCUGGCACUGUGGUGAUUUUCGACAAUUGGCGUGUGUACCAUGGACGUCACGCCUAUACGGGCUCACGCACCAUGACUGGGUGUUAUGUGCAGCGGACGGACUUUUUGAGUAAGGCGCGAAUUUUGGGCAUCAUAGAUUGAGAUGAGUGCUAACAUACAUUUUAUACACACACACACACAGUUACAUAGACGGAAUUCAAAAUUUUAUU